CCGACGCGGGGUGAGCCGGGCCCGGACGGGACGCGCCCAGAGGGACCCUGGAGUUCCGAGGCCGCCGUCCCCCCGACUUCACGAGGCGCGAUCCGGGAGCCGGGAACACGCUGGUUCUCAAAGUUGCAGACUGCGCUCUCGGACGCCGCGACGGCUCGCGGAGCUGCGGGGCUGCGGGGCUGGGGUGCGAGUUUCCACACGGUGGGAUCCCCGGAGCCCAGACCCGGCUGGAGGGUGCGGGGGUCCGCCCGGAGUUGGGACUGUCGGGGGCACGGUGUCCCCGGAGCGCGACACUGCAGCCUGGUACUCUGAAAGUUGCAAGGUCUGAGGAGCUGCGAAGUUGGGGCGCACAGGGGUUGUCGGCGCGGGUGGGGACCAGAUCUCAAGUAGGUAUCAGGUCUAGGGCUCAGGGCAGGGGCCUAGCCUGCGCGGUCUGGGAUCCCCCUCCCCGCGCCCUGCGGCGUCCAAGCUCGUGACUACUUGGUGAGUAAGUUUUCCCGAACGUUGCAAGUCUCAGCAGGAGCAGCUCGACCAGAAGGGCUUGGGUUCCAGGGACCUCUUCACCCUCCAAUCCCUGAUGGUUCCAAAACUGGCCCCCAACUCUGGCGGAGCUACCGCCCCUCCCCCGCAUGGGGGUUCCGGUUUCAGACCCUGUGACCUGACAGCAGCUUCCGGGGACAGCAUGGGGGGGUAUCCCCCCUUUGACCUCACAGGCUCCUGGCUGGGGCCUGCCUUUCCCCACCCGGAGUCUUCCAGCUCCAAACCCCUCUGGGGUUCCCUGGAUGCAGAUUUGGAGUCUCAGAAGGCCAGUCGAACGUCUCUAAGCGUGCAGGGUAACGGGAAGAGGCACCCACAAGGAGGCUGGAGAGCCCCCUUCCCCCAGUUUUGUGUUUUGCCUGCUUACAUGCUGGGCACUGGGAUUGCUUUGUGUGUGUGUGUGUGUGUGUGUGUGUGUGUGUGGUUUUUUAGGAUAAGGUCUCACUUUGUAGCCCAAGUUGGCCUUAAAGUCUCAGCAAUCCUCCUGCCUCAUCUUUCCCACUGCUGGGACGCCAGGCCAGUGCCACCAAGCCUGGCUUACAGCAUGGCUUUUUAACUAGGCUAGUGGCUCCUUGGGGUCUGGGACUCUUGAUUCCAAGGUGUACCUGUGCUCUUAGGGUAUGUGGGAGCAGAGAAGUCCUUGUUUCCCUGCAAGUCUCUGGAAGCACCCCACUUUUAUUUUCAGAGUGCAGAUCUGGCUGUGAUGUCCAGGGUAGCCUUGAACUCCAGGGCUCAAGCAAUCCAAUUGCCUCCACCUCCUGAGUAGCCGGGACCACAAGGCUCUCACCACUGUGUCAGCUUUGCCCACCUUUGAUGGGAAGCCCUAUUGGGGAACUGGGGGGGUGUGAAUUCAUAUCUCCACACUUGACCUUGACCUCCACACCCAGCUCCUGAUGGAAGUCACUUUUGCUGACUAAUAACUAGGACUAUGAGUCUUGUUGGCAUGCCAGGGACCACUUGGCUUUUCUCAGAGCUGUCUCCUGGCCUGGCAUGUGGCCUACCACCUCUCUGGUUUCCCCCUUGAGACCACUCAAACCAGUUGUGGGGGCUUCUCAGAGAAAAAGGAGGACUUUGGGGUGGGGAUGCUGUCCAGUCGGAAGAGCGCUUGCAUAGCAUGGUGAAACCCUGGGUUCUAUCCUCAGCACGGCAUAAACUGGGUGUCAUGGUCCAUGUCUGUCAUCCUAACACUUGGGAGGUGGAGGCUUGGAGGAUCAGGAGUUCAAGGACAUCCUUGGCUAUAUAGGGCCAAACCAGCUGCUCCUGUCACCCCUCUGGUUGCCCCUUAGAGCCCAUCCAUCCCAGCCUGACCAAUGUCCACAGCCAGGGAACAGCCAAUCUUCAGCACCCGUGCACAUGUGUUCCAGAUUGACCCCAGCACCAAGCGGAACUGGAUCCCGGCGGGCAAACAUGCACUCACAGUGUCCUAUUUCUACGAUGCCACCCGAAAUGUCUACCGCAUCAUCAGCAUUGGGGGUGCCAAGGCUAUCAUCAAUAGUACUGUCACCCCCAACAUGACCUUUACCAAAACCUCUCAGAAGUUUGGGCAGUGGGCAGACAGCCGCGCCAACACCGUCUAUGGCCUGGGCUUUGCCUCUGAGCAACACCUGACCCAGUUUGCUGAGAAGUUCCAGGAAGUGAAGGAAGCUGCCAGGCUGGCUCGGGAGAAGUCUCAAGAUGGAGGGGAAUUCACCAGUCCUGCCCUGGCACUGGCCUCCCAUCAGGUGCCCCCGAGCCCCCUUGUCAGCACCAACGGCCCUGGAGAGGAGAAACUGUUCCGCAGUCAAAGCGCAGACGCCCCCUGUCCCACAGAGCGCGAGCGACUAAAGAAGAUGUUGUCAGAGGGCUCCGUGGGCGAGGUGCAGUGGGAAGCCGAGUUCUUCGCGCUGCAGGACAGCAACAACAAGCUGGCGGGGGCCCUCCGAGAGGCCAAUGCGGCCGCCACGCAGUGGAGGCAGCAGCUGGAGGCCCAGCGAGCAGAGGCCGAGCGCCUGCGGCAGCGGGUGGCCGAACUGGAGGCUCAGGCAGCUGCAGAGCCGCCCUCUGCCGGUGAGAAGGAGGUGCCCAGCCAGUCUCUGGAGCAGCUGGAGGCUCGUGUGCAGACCAAGGACCAGGAGAUUCAGACACUGAAGAAUCAGACUGCAGGGAGAGAGGCAGCUGACAACACUGAGCGGGAGGAGACGCAGCAGAAGGUUCAGGACCUGGAGACCCGAAACUCGGAGCUGGAGCGCCAGCUGCGGGCCACAGAGCGCAGCCUGGAGGAGGUGCGGGCGGAGCGGGAGCACGCUCGGGCAGAGGUGGGCCGUGCAGUGCAACUGCUGGACAUGCGGCUGUUCGAGCUGAGUGAGCUGCGGGAGGGCCUAGCACGCCUGGCUGAGGCUGCACCCUGAGCCCCAGGCCUAGGCCGAUCUGCGACAUUCGUCUUUUUGUGCUCGUCGCAGGAUAGCCUCAUGGCACCCUGGCAUGGACCAGGGGACCCAGCUGCGCUCAGGGCGGGCCAAGCCACAGAGCCCCAGGCUGUCUGAGCUUUGCACUGUGUAGCUUUUUCUAGAAUCCCUGUCGGUGCUGGUGCCCAGACUACAUUUCUAUGAGUCUGUAUGUGGCUGUUGGCACCUGCUGUCACUGGCUUCUGCCCUGAGUUCCUUUGGUCACUGAGCCACACUCUGGGAGCAGCAAAGGUCCUCUGUGUGCCCUACUCAGGCAGCAGCACUGGCCUCCACAUCCAGUGUGGGCAGGCAGGGAGUCCACAUGGCUGUAGAUGCAAGAUACCCUGGGGAAACAUGAUGCUUGAGGGACUCGAAGGUGUCUACACCCUGUCUUGCCCCAUUUAUAAGAGUUGGACUGAAAGA